ACUUAAGAUUACAAUUCAAGAUCGACUGCACUGUCACAGGCUUGUCAUCAUCUGUUUAGGUCAAUGGGAGCAUAAAGACAUUUUCCAAACCCUUUUGUUUCCAAAUGCAAGACUUCUAACUAUUAGGGAGUUAAUGUUCUAAAAACAGAGGAUGGAUUGUUGUUCAGCCAUUUUGUUCAGCAAUGCUCCAAAAGCUUGCAUUCAACAGCGAAUGUCUGUACUACAACGAAGGCCUGGAUGUUGACUACCUAACCUCUCCAAGCACGACAUGAACGGUAACAGGACAGUGCCACCAUUCCCAGAGGGAUUGCAGAUGGUCCUAUUUGGCAUGGGCUGUUUUUGGGGUGCAGAACGGAUGUUCUGGAGGCAGAAAGGGGUCUACUCCACUCAAGUGGGCUACUCUGGGGGUUACACCCCAAACCCUAACUAUGAGGAGACGUGCACAGGUAAAACAGGACAUGCAGAGGUGGUUCGCGUGGUGUAUGAACCAGAGAAAAUCAGCUUUGCCCAGUUGCUCAAGGUAUUCUGGGAGAGCCAUGAUCCCACACAAGGAAUGCGUCAGGGCAACGACGUUGGUACAGUCUAUCGAUCGAGCAUCUACACAUAUAUGCAGGAACAACUCGAGCAGGCACUGCACUCGAAGGACGAAUAUCAAAAGGUGCUGACUGAACAGGGUUUCGGAGCUAUAACCACGGAAAUCGCAAUGGCCAAGGAAUUUUAUUACGCUGAGGACUACCACCAGCAGUACCUUAGCAAGAACCCCAAUGGAUACUGUGGACUGGGCGGCACUGGAGUCUCCUGUCCGAUAGGACUGAAGAGUAAAAAUUAACGCACGUCUACUGUCCUCUGAUUGGACAAAUUUACAGUAUAUUAACUAAUAAAAUUGUUAUAAUGCUA